AUGUCUUUAUCCUUCACAUCGAGAGAGACACAGACACGGAUGCUGAGAUUUACAGUGCCGCUUCAACACCAUGCUCGGCGUCGCUUGCCAACAUUUCAGCUGAUCUUUGUCCAUGUGAUUGAGUCCCUUGUCUUUGUACCGGUAAGGUCACACAUGAUGAUUGAUGAAACCGUUAAGCUGCUUGUUGGCUUGGUGGUUCCUGUAGACUACUGUUUGUCUAAUUUUUUCACUAUUCAGCUAGUAACAUAA